AUGCAGAUGUAUGUGAAUCACACUGUCGUAAACUAUUUUAUCAUUAAAGGAAUUUCUGAUGUUCCCGAAAUACAAAUUACAAUUUUCAUCUUAGUUUUUUUUGUUUAUCUCAUCACUGUUGGCGGUAACAUGACCAUUCUUCUACUGAUCUGCAUGGACUCUCAUCUCCACACCCCCAUGUACUUCUUUUUAGCUAACUUGUCCAUUGUAGACAUGUCUUGCACUACUGCCACGUUAAAUAGGAUCCUUACAAGCUUUGUUUCUGGGGAUAAAACAAUUUCCUUUUAUGGCUGCAUGGCACAGACUUUUAUGGCUGGAUCUUUAACAGUACAUGAACUAUUCAUACUGACUGUAAUGAGUUAUGAUCGCUACAUAGCCAUCUGUAACCCUUUAAGUUACCAUUUGCUUAUGAACCAUAGGAAUUGUGCUCUUUUGGCCUCUCUCUGUUGGGCGUUGGGUUUCCUUCUGGUUGCGCCUCUUGUUGGGCUAUUGUCCAGUUUUUCUUGCUACUCAUCAGUUGAAAUCAAUCACUUCUUGUGUGACAUUGUUCCCUUGAUGAAAAUUACAUGUAGCAACACUUCCCUUUUGGACAUAAUAUUCUUCAUAGAAGGCUUAUUCCUUUUUACUAUUAUCCCAUUUCUUCUGACCUUCACCCCUUAUAUCUUUAUAAUAGCAGCCAUACUGAAGAUCCGUUCAAACACUGGAAGACGUAAAGCCUUCUACACGUGUUCCUCGCACCUUACAGCGGUAAUCCUUCUAUAUACGAUUCUUGUUUGUCAAUACCUGACACCAAGUACAACAAGCACCCUGGAUUCAAAGAAACGGUAUGCACUGUUUAAUACAGCUGCCAUCCCUCUGCUAAACCCGUUGAUCUAUAGUUUAAAAAAUAAAGAUGUGAAAGCAGCUUUAGGACGACAGUUGAAGAGAAGGAAAAUAUUCACCUAA